AAAAUAUCACAAUAUAUGCAAUGCAUGAGUCCUCACCACCAAUUGGAGUGGUCAGUAGUACAGCGGCUUUGAAAUAACAUCGCAUUUUCAGCCUCCUUUCCCUUUCACUUCCAACUAAUCUGGCAACAUAGGUGGGACUCCGGUCGUCAGAUUUGUUUAUUUCGCCGAGAUUUUGUUGUGAAAAUUUUCGGAAAAUUAAAAUAAGUUCAACAUAAUAAUAAUGUGUGGACGUCAAUGUCUGACGUUGGCGCCAAAAGAUAUAGUUUGCGCUUGUAAAUAUUCCACAAAAAUUGGCGAUGAGAAAAAGGAUAUGGAACCAGAAUGGCGAGCGGAGUACAAUCUAGGAAGGAAAUAUGAGGGUUCCCAUAAUAUUGCGCCAACUGACAUCACGCCAGUGUUAGUGUCUGCGAAACAUUUUGACGAAGCCGAGGUGGAUGGGAACCGUCGUGUGCUGGUGCCAAUGAUGUGGGGAAUGAUUCCUUUCUGGCAUAAGGGUGACUACCGCAAACAUGGUCUCACAACCAACAACUGUCGCCUCGAAUCUAUGCUAACAUCAAAGCUCUACAGUCGUCCAUUCACAAAAGGCCAACGAUGUGUAAUCCUUUGUGAAGGAUUCUAUGAAUGGCAAACAACAAAACCUGUCAAAAAAUCAUCAGAGCGUGCAGCAUAUUUCAUACAUGCUCCACAGUCUUCGGACGAUUUCCAAAUUUACGACAAAUCUACCUGGAACGGAGAAAAUAUUAAUCUACUAAAAAUGGCUGGCCUAUACGAUAUCUGGACGGAUAGCAAUGGAGACAAAAUCUACAGCUAUUCGGUGAUAACAUUUCAAUCCAACGACGUUCUAAAUUGGCUCCAUGACCGAAUGCCUGCUAUAUUGGAAACUGAGGAACAGAUAUCGGACUGGCUUAACUGCGGGCAAAUCUCAAACAACCCAGCUCUCAGUGCUCUGAAGCCAGCGAAAAAAUUAUGUUGGUAUCAGGUUUCGAACGAAGUUAAUAAUUCCCGAAAUAAGUCUCCAACUUGCAACAAACCUCUGUCAAAGGAAGACAUUAAGAAAUUGGCAAUGAUCAAGACGCCAAAACAAAGCAAUAUGUUGACUUCGUGGCUAAUAAAAUCAGAAAAUAAGAGUAACAUCAAAAAGGAGCAAGGAGAAAAUUUUGAAAUAAAGAAGGAGAUAACGGACAGCGUUCCAGUUAAACGAGAAAAAAGUGAGAAAGAUGAUGAAUCAGAAGCCAAACGGUUAAAGAAGUCAGAAUAACUUUAUCCAACAGCACAAAAUACACCACGUUAUCAGGGAUUUUUCAUUUACAUUCAGAGUACCAAGUGCAAAAAAUAUAUUUUUAAAAUUUUUGUUGUCAUUUAAGUUAUUUCUGUUAUAAGAAAAAACAAUAUUUUCAACAACAAAAAUUCAUUCAAUGAAGAAAAUAUAUAGAAUUUCAGUGCGUCA